UUUGCGCACAUCCACAAUAACUUGAACAACGCGUUAGGAGUUAAACUGUAAGCCAAUAGUUAAGCUUCUCCAAGAGUGCAAAAACAACAAAGUCAAGGUAAUAAAAGAGAUAGAGGCGUCAAGUUCUGCUCUAAAGCGACACAUAACGAGCUUCAACGCUCAUAUUCGACAUGGAAAUGGAAACCAUAUCAACAUUCGCUAAGAAACUUUGGUGUGUCAAGAAACAACUCAUUCUUUUCCUCACUCCACUUAUUCUUCUCCCGUUACUUUUUGGGCUACCGGAAAAGGAGGGGAAAUGUCUGUACGUGGUGCUUCUAAUGGCUGUGUUCUGGUGCACAGAGACACUUCCCUUAGCUGUCACUGCCAUGCUACCUGUUUGCCUCUUUCCAACCAUGGGAAUUCUUCCAUCCAAAAAAGUCUGCCCUCAGUACUUCCUCGAUACCAAUUUUCUCUUUCUCAGUGGUCUUGUUAUGGCAUCAGCUAUUGAGGAAUGGGGUCUGCAUCGCAGAAUAGCUCUGAAAGUUCUUAAGAUUGUUGGAGUCAAACCAGCCUGGUUGAUUUUGGGAAUGAUGAUCACCUCUGCCUUCCUGUCCAUGUGGCUCAGUAACACCGCAACAACGGCCAUGAUGCUUCCCAUUGCUAACGCCAUCCUGGAGAGUCUCUUUGGAGACCUGGCCACUCUGAAGGAAAACUGUAAGGUGAAAGACGAGACAGAGGGUCAAGCACGAGUAAAGCUGCAUGCACUGCCCUCUGAAAAACAGAUAUUGUCUAUAGACGGACCUGAUCGGAUGGAGCGUUCAGAUGGGAGUACUGCAGAGGAGAUCAGGACAGAGUCAGAGUACCAGAUGAAGGUGUGGAAAGGCUUCCUGAUAUGUAUCCCGUACGCUGCCAGUAUCGGAGGGACUGCCACCCUGACAGGCACUGCACCAAACCUCAUCCUCAUUGGACAACUUAAGAGUUACUUCCCCGAGUGCGACUUGAUCAAUUUUGGCUCUUGGUUUGCAUUCGCAUUUCCUCUCAUGGUGUUCUUCCUCAUCUUGGGAUGGCUAUGGAUUUCUUUCCUCUACGGGGGCUUGAAUACACGGUUGUGUGUGAAGAAACAGGACGAAAGAGCACAAGCAGAGGCGAAGGCUGAGGCCGUGAUUGAUGAAGACUACAGAAAACUAGGCCCCAUAAAUUUUGCAGAAGGAGCCAUCGCAUUCUUUUUCAUUUUGUUUGCCGUUCUCCUGUUUACAAGAGAUCCUAAAUUUGUAACUGGAUGGUCCACGUUUUUCAACAAAGGGUAUGUGUCAGAUGCGACCACUGGAGUGAUCAUUGUGUCAAUCCUAUUCUUCUUCCCUUCCCAAAAGCCCUCUCUUAGCUGGUGGUUUGAUUCUCAAGCACCAAAUACUCCAUAUGUUCCUCUCCUAUCAUGGAAGAAAGCACAGGAAUGUGUCCCAUGGAAUAUCAUUCUGUUGCUGGGUGGAGGCUUUGCCAUGGCCAAGGGAUGUGAGGAGUCAGGACUGGCGGCGUGGAUAGGAGCCUACCUCCAGCCUAUUGCCCAGGUCCCCCCUGCUGUGGCCGUCAUGUUUAUCACAGCUUUCCUGGCCUGCUUCACAGAGUUCGCCAGCAAUACCGCCACCAUUAUCAUAUUCCUGCCCGUCAUUGCUGAACUGGCUAUGUUUGUCAAGGUGAAUCCUCUUUACUUCAUGAUACCUGCGACAACAGGAUGUUCAUUUGCCUUCAUGUUGCCAGUCUCCACCCCUCCCAACUCCAUUGCCUUUGCAUCUGGCCAUCUUUUGGUGAAGGACAUGGUGAAAACGGGCUUUGUGAUGAACAUUUUGGGCAUUUUAUCAGUUUCUCUGGCCAUGAACACUUGGGGUCGUGCCAUGUUCAGUUUGGAGACUUAUCCAGACUGGGCUCGUCCAGUCAACAUGUCCAGUACUGUCACAGAUAUACAGUUCCCCCCCGUCCCACCUUUCAACCUUACUAGUUUGUGAUACACUACAUA